AUGGGUUUCCUUGCUAUCAUGCUUCGGUAUGGCGAGCGGGGAUAUUUUCAACCUCUAGUGGAAGGCAUCAAGAACUGCUUUUCCCGAGUCUUCUGGCUGGCAACCUGUGGCCGCUGUGGUCCUUGUGCGGCUCUGCUGUCAUGCUGCCGCUGCUGUCGCGGUAGCGAAAAGUCCCCGCGCUCCGAGACGAAGGCGGACCUGGAGGAAACGCUCGAGACAGACGCGGCUCAGGUCGAGGCUGAGGUGCACUCAUCAUCUUCAUCUGGCCACACCACAGAUCUUCCAGAUCCAGAGCCCUCGGCGCCGAGCCCGGCGCCAGCGCGCUUAGCACGGCGCUGCGAGUGCUGGCGUUGGCCGCUGGCAGUGCUGCGACGAGUUGUACUGAAGGCGCCACCACUGGAAGUGCGGAAGCAGCUGGAAGGUUUGGACGAGCGCAAGGAGAUCAAACGUGAACAUCUCGACAAGUGGAAUGAGUUGGGCGGGACACAACGUGCAGUCCAGCCCAUGCCUCAAGGCAUUGCGCCUGGCACUGAAGGCUGGUAG